CGUUUGAGGCGCCGCGCCCCGCGCGCGCUCCCUGGCGGAACCUUUCAGCGAUGCGCUCGCGUUGCCAGCCCGGCGCGCCUCACGCAGACGCGCCGGUUCUUGGGGCUACUUCCGGCAGCCCCGCCCCGCCCAGCCCCCGGGCGUCUCCAUUUUGGUCUCGAGUGUAGAUACUCCCAGAACCAGCCCAAGAGAGGAGCCGAGUUAUAGCUACCACGGCCGCCGAGUCAGCUCACUGCACCACCCCUGCCCCCUUCUUUCCUCCAGACGCCGAAGUCGCGGGCGAUCAUGGCGGGCCUGGAGGUACUGUACGAAACGGCUGCGCCGGCCAUCACCUGCAAGCAGGACGCGCUCAUCUGCUUCUUGCAUUGGGAAGUGGUGACACACGGCUACUACGGCUUAGGUGUCGGUGACCAGCCGGGUCCCAAUGAUAAGAAGUCAGAACUGCUGCCAGCUGGGUGGAACAACAAUAAGGACCUGUAUGUUCUCCGGUAUGAGUCUAAGGAUGGGUCCAGGAAGCUCCUUGUGAAAGCUGUCACCGUGGAGAGCAGCAUGAUCCUCAAUGUGCUGGAAUAUGGCUCACAGCAAGUGGCAGACUUGACCCUGAAGUUGGAUGAUUAUAUCGAUGCAGAACACCUAGGUGACUUCCACAGGACCUACAAGAACAGUGAGGAGCUUCGGUCUCGUAUUGUGUCUGGAAUCAUCACACCUAUCCAUGAGCAGUGGGAGAAGGCUAGUGUAAGCAGUCCCCACCGAGAGUUCCCCCCUGCUACCGCCAGAGAGGUGGACCCACUCCGGAUUCCUCCACAUCACCCACACACCAGCCGGCAGCCUCCCUGGUGUGAUCCCCUGGGCCCAUUUGCUGUCGGGGGAGAAGACUUAGACCCUUUUGGGCGUCGGAGAGGUGGCAUGAUUGUGGAUCCCCUGAGAUCUGGCUUCCCAAGAGCGCUUAUUGACCCAUCGUCAGGCCUCCCGAACCGGCUUCCUCCAGGCGCUGUGCCCCCAGGAGCUCGCUUUGACCCCUUUGGACCCAUUGGGACCAGCCCAUCUGGCCCGAGGCCCGACAGACGAGGGCAGUGAUGAGCCCUGUUCUGGAAUGGAAAGAGCACGAUAGAGCACCAGGCUAAGAGGCACAAGAUCAAGGUGGUAGUCACUUCUGCUCUGCAGCUAGCAUUUCAGCCAUAUGUGGGUCCUUUCACUUCUCAGCUCCUUGGAUUCCUUUCCCUAAAUUAGGACCUAUUACUUGUCUGUAGGUAAGCAGGCUACUGUACCUUUUCUGAGGUAUCUGCUAGGCUGUUUUCUGUAGCCUAAGAUUGCCUUUCUGUUUAGCAUGAGAACAGAUAGACGAAAACUAAACUGAUGCCUAGGCCCAGGGUCAGUCUCAGGUGGAAACUGGGCCUGGGUGGGAGGCUAGCAUGAGCAGCUCCCUGGGUAUUUCUGUCAGUCCUCAUGGCAAGCAGUGAUUUAGUAAAAGAUCCCAGAGACAGGGAAGCCAACCACCUUGAAACCUUUAGAACAUCUGUGCUUUGGAGAGAGACCCAGAGAUCAAGCGGAGGUGCAGGUUAAAUCAUUACUUAUAACCUUCUUUGAGGGCUGACAAAUGGGAGGGAUGUUAGUUUUUGUUUUGGAAUUGGACUAUACUUGCAAUCAAAAGGACUUAGAGCAGUUUGCUCAUAAAAAUAUCAUUUAUUAUAAAAAGAAGUAUUUAAAGGAACAUCAGACUAGAGACCAUCAGACAGAAGCAGGGAAGGUAGAUAACUUUUAGAUCCUUGAUGUGAGGAAAAGAUAAAAUUUAAACAAUAAAUUUGCCACUUAGACUUUUUAGUAGCAAAGGUCAAAAAGAUAGUCAUAUACAAAAUUCUGUUUUCUGAAAACAGAAAAUUGUGAUUCACCUGCAGAAUCAGCCAUUUUUUUGUGUGAGUUUCCUUGCAUCAAGGACACUGAGAAACGCAGUCAUUGUCUUAGGUGUUCUAUGGGAGGAAGUGAAUGGAGCCUUUAGGGACUUCCUGGUCAAGCUGAUGGUGCUUAGUUUGGCCUGAGCCACUUCCCUCCUUCCAGUCAUGAGUAAUCAUCAAGCAGCAAAGUGGAAUGUUCAGGUGUAUAUUUUGUAGAACCCAAAAGAUUGGAGCCUUAACAAUAAACAUCAGUACUAAGUGA